AUGGCGAGACCAGUCCAGAGUUUCCAACUGUGGUCUGCCCUCGGGUUCCUGCUGCAGCUUGCAAUCUUUCUGGGGAAACUCGGUCCACAGGUCCAAUCCGUCAGGCCAGAGAGCCUUCUGUUUGUCUCUACCUUGGAUGGAAGUCUCCAUGCACUGAACAAGCAGACAGGGGACUUGAAGUGGACAGUGAAGGAUGACCCCAUCAUCCAGGGACCAAUGUAUGUCACAGAAAUGGCCUUCCUCUCUGACCCAGCUGAUGGCAGCCUGUACAUCUUGGGAACCCAGAAACAACAGGGGCUGAUGAAACUGCCAUUUACCAUCCCAGAGCUGGUUCACGCCUCUCCUUGUCGCAGCUCUGAUGGUGUCUUCUACACGGGCCGGAAGCAGGAUGCCUGGUUUGUGGUGGACCCUGAGUCAGGGGAGACUCAGAUGACACUGACCACAGAGGGCUUUUCUACUCCUCAACUCUACAUUGGCCGGACACAGUACACAGUCUCCAUGCAUGACCCACGGACCCCAACCCUGCGCUGGAACACAACCUACCGCCGCUACUCUGCGCCCCCCGUGGACGGCUCACCUGGGAAAUACAUGAGCCACUUGACAUCCUGUGGGAUGGGCCUGCUUCUCACUGUGGAUCCAGGAAGUGGAACUGUGCUGUGGACACAGGACCUGGGAGUGCCUGUGACAGGGAUCUACACAUGGCAUCAGGAUGGUCUGCGACAGCUGCCCCAUCUUACCCUGGCUCGGGACACCCUACAUUUCCUUGUCCUCCGCUGGGGCCACAUCCGUCUUCCUGCCUCCAGCUCCCAGGACACAGUCACCCAGUUCUCUUCCUUAGACACCGAACUUUUGAUGACACUGUAUGUGGGGAAAGAAGAAGCUGGUUUCUAUGUCUCUAAAGCACUGGUCCAUGCUGGGGUGGCCCUUGUGCCCCGUGGACUGACCCUGGCACCCAUGGAUGGCCCCACAACAGAUGAGGUAACAGUUCAAGUCUCGGGGGAGCGAGAGGGCUCACCCAGCACUGCUGUCAGAUACCCCUCGGGCAGCGUGGCCCUUCCCAGCCAGUGGCUACUCAUUGGAUACCAUGAACCUCCCCCUGUCCUGCACACCACCAUGCUAAGGGUUCAGCGUACCCCAGGGAAAGGGUCUGCUGACACAAGAGACUCAGACGACCUCCAUGCUCCAGCUCUCUCCUUUGAGUUCCUAAACCUGAAGAGGGAGGAACCUUGGGAUCCAGAACUACAUCCUGAAGAGAAAGCUGACACUUAUCCAGGGCUAGGAUCCCAAGACCUGCUAGCAGCUAGCUUCACUGCCAUUCUCUUGGGAGCCUGGGUCCUCUACCUGAUGAGGCAGCAGCAGCAGAGUCCUUCAGCACCUGCAGGCCCUUCAGACCUCCCACAAGACACUCAGGUGCAGCUCUCAAGGGACACCCUACAGAACCAGAGGAGAUUUCAAAGCCCCCCAGAGCCAGUCCAGCCAGCCCAUGAUCCUGAAGAGCAGCCCACUGUAGUGGGGAAGAUUUCCUUCAACCCCAAGGAUGUGCUGGGCCGUGGGGCAGGAGGAACUUUUGUUUUCCGAGGACAGUUUGAGGGACGGGCAGUAGCUGUGAAGAGGCUCCUCCGAGAGUGCUUCAGCUUGGUUCAGCGAGAGGUGCAGCUGCUGCAAGAGUCUGACAGGCACCCCAAUGUGCUGCGCUACUUCUGCACGGAGCAGGGCCCCCAGUUCCACUACAUUGCCUUGGAACUCUGCCAGGCCUCCUUGCAAGAGUAUGUGGAGAGCCCAGACCUAGACCGCUGGGGCCUUGGGCCUACCAUGGUGCUGCAACAGAUGAUGUCCGGCCUGGCCCACCUGCAUUCUUUACACAUAGUACACCGUGACCUCAAGCCGGGCAACAUUCUCAUGGCUGGGCCUGACAGCCAGGGCCAAGGCAGAGUGGUCAUCUCUGACUUCGGCCUCUGCAAGAAGUUACCUGCUGGCCGUUGUAGCUUCAGUCUCCAUUCUGGUAUUCCCGGCACAGAAGGCUGGAUGGCUCCAGAGCUACUGCAACUGCCCCCAGACAGCCCGACCAGCGCGGUGGAUAUCUUCUCUGCAGGCUGUGUGUUUUAUUAUGUGCUUUCUGGUGGCAGCCACCCCUUCGGAGAGAGUCUCUACCGCCAGGCCAACAUCCUCUCAGGGGACCACUGUCUGGCUCAACUGCAGGAAGAGACCCAUGACAAGGUUGUGGCACUGGACUUAGUGAAAGCCAUGCUGAGCCUGCUGCCCCAGGAUCGUCCCUCAGCAGGAUGGGUGCUGGCUCACCCCCUCUUUUGGAGCAGAGCUAAGGAACUCCAGUUCUUCCAGGAUGUCAGUGACUGGUUGGAGAAGGAACCAGAGCAGGGACCUCUCGUGACGGCGCUGGAGGCAGGAAGCUACAAGGUGGUCCGGGAAAACUGGUACAAGCACAUCUCAGCACCUCUGCAGGAAGACCUGAAAAGGUUCCGGUCAUAUAAAGGGACAUCAGUGCGAGACCUGCUCCGUGCCAUGAGGAACAAGAAGCACCACUACAGGGAGCUCCCAACCGAGGUGCGCCAGACACUGGGCCAACUUCCUGCUGGCUUCGCCCAAUACUUCACACAGCGCUUUCCCAGGCUGCUACUGCACACUCACCGUGCCAUGAGGACCUGUGCUUCUGAGAGCCUCUUCCUGCCCUACUAUCCAGCAGCAUUGGAAGCCAGGGGCUCCUGCCAGGUGCCACAAAGAGCGGAGACACCCAGAGGCCCCAAAGGCAGACCAAGGAGUUGAGCCUGGGGCUCAAUCUGGCCUCAGGGGUGUCAGAAAGAUGGGCAGCAGUGUAAAGGACUGAGGUUGUUAGAGCAGAGGAACUCUGGGGGCAAGGGACCCUUAAGAAAUAUAGGACCAAAAAAAGAGAGAGAUGUACAAAUAUUUAAUAUAUAUAAAGCUAAGGAAAGGGCAGUCCCAAAUUCAAUAGAAAUAUUUAUACAGUUCAUACAGUGGGCCGAGGGCAGGGAACAGGCUGCAAACCCACACCCAAUCAUGUACAAAAUAACUUACACACAGCAACCCCUUCACAGGGGGCACUGCUCCCUGCCAGCCCCCAGGGCCAGGGGCACUGAACAGCGGCCCCAGGAGCCCAGUAGUGCAGGCCCAGAGCUAGCAGAGCGCUAGCAGAAUGAAGGGGCACCAGUCCGAAGGACGGAGACCUAGGAGGCCUUGAGGCGGUUGCAGGCGGAACGCGAGCUCAGCAGCUUGUCUACCAUGGUGCGGGCAUAGCGGAGGCGGCUAGCCAGUUCCUUGCAGCAGCCAUAUUCCUCCAGAAGGCUCAGGCGGUAUGUCCGGAAGUCCCUCUUCUCGUUGAUGUAGGUCACUGCUGCCAUCAGGGGGCACAGGAUAAGUUUGGUGUGGUCCUAGGAGGGAAGGAGGGAGCAAGAGAAGAGCUCAACUGGUGCCCAAGGGGAGGGGCAAAAGUGAGGAAGGCACCCCACUGGUGAAAGAGACAACAUUGCCAGCCCAAGUACAGGCCCCUCCGCCUGCACACCUGGAAGAAAUUAAUCUGUACUGUGCCAUUGCUGAGGUGCAGGAUGAUGGCGCUGCGUGUGCGGAACCAUGUUCGUAGGUAGGGCAGCCGGGCCAGCUCGUCGCCUUCCCGGGGCGUGAUGUUGGCCCCUGCCUUCAACAGGUGUUCACUCAUGUAAUUGCGGAAAUAGUUGAGGAGAGUGAUCUAGUUUGAAAAGUUGGGGGAGGGAUUUCAGCAUGAGGGCCUGACCCUGAGGCAGCCUCAUACCCUGCCAUGCUACCCCUUGGCAGCCCGAACUCACCUUCUUCAUCAAGGAGUUGGGGUGGGAGCUCACAGUGAGGUAGGACUCCGUGCCAUCACGCUCUAUGUACUGCAGGCUGUCCCCGUCAUUGUAGAGGAUGAGGCGUGUUGAGUCAUUAAAGAGCACUCCCACACUGUUGUCACAUAGCUGAUAACCUGGUGGCAAGUGGAAGGCUAUCUCAGAAAGGCAGGAGGCAGGCAAAGGCCUUGGAAUAACUCAGUAGUACAAUGCUUGCCUAUCAUGCAGAAGGCCCGCAAUUCUCAUCCCCCCUCCCCCUCUCAGAGGCUACCACAGUCACACCAUCCCCUGCCCAUUCCACAUUCCGGGGCACCUACCAAGGCCAUACUUGUCCGAAUAGUCUACCCAUUUGCUGACCCAGAAGAUAGGGAUGCAAGCAGGAUCCUCGGCCUCCUCUGGAAUAGAAACAGAACACAGGUGAGGUCAGUCCCUUCCCUUUCCUCUCAUGUAGCCCUCCCCAGGGGAGGACUCUAGGCACCCAUGAAGCUGGAGGAGGAGCCUGACAGCACAAGCCCGACACCCAAUUGGAAAACUGCAGCUCAGGAUGCCAAGGCCCACUUUAUUGAGUGAGCCCCUUUACUCUAGGCCUACUGCGACCCAUGAGCUUUGUAGGUUCGGACAGGAAAAGAAGAAGCAAGCUUCUGGAAGAGCCCACAUUCCAACCACAGGGAUGAAGAAUGUUCAAAGCCUCCAGGCUGCUCCAUCAUCUGCACCGGGAAUGGUAGAAGGCCUAGUGCCCCAGAUUAAAGCGAGGAGAAACAGUUGACCCGGCAACCCCUGCCUGCAAUCCUAGAACAGCUCACUGUACGAGUCCCUGCUGCAAAGACACGAAUGUGCUUGCUGGGAAGAAAUGCUAUAGAGAACUAAGUCAGGUUUGGAAGUAAUGGCAGCAGGUGUCAGGGCAGUGACACUGGGUACAAAAGCCCUGAGUCUGGAGCUGAUCUGAGUCUCUGGAGGGAUUAAUUCCCUGAGCAGUAUGUGCAGCUAUACAGAGAUGGCCUAUCAAUCAGCCACCUACAAGAUGAGAUGGAGCAGAAAAGUGGGCAGAAAGAACACUAAGGGGCCCGUGGGUGUCAGACUAACUCACCUAGAUUUUGAUCUAUAAGAAAUGGACAGAGCAAAGGUCAUGUGGGCCUGAGUGCUCUGCUGGCCAAGAUGCCCUGCCUUCCCCAGAUGUGCAGACCCCUGUAGCACUCACCUUGCCGCACCAGCCCUCGCUCUGAGGGCUUGGAGGCGUUGACACUGGUCAGCUGCUGUAGCAAGUCACUAAGGUGGCACUCGAUGGCCUCAUUUGUCUCCCGAACCACUGGUUCCUCUUUCUCUCGGGGACGGUCAGGCAGGGGGUUCUCCACACCUGAGAAGGUUAACUCAGUCACCUGGCAGACACAGAACGAGCACUCUUCCCAGAGCACUCUAACUAUCACCCAUGUGGGAACACAGCACCCGUCUGAGUGACAGGUAUGUGGUGCAUACUGAGAGGGUGACAAGCUUCAGGUCUGUGACCCAACAACCUGGCUUUCCAGGACAGCAGCUGCUGCUGUCACUCAGGGAGGCAACCUGAAGGUACCAGUGACUCAAAGCUGCACCAAUCCAAACACAGAGUGGAGGGCACUUGGAGCACCCAGGAAGGUGGAAGGAUGGGUCAGUGUAUUGCAGGAUGGACUCCUUUUAAAUAAAGCCUCAGCAGCUUUAUUUCUACUAUAACCCCUUGCUUUGUGUGUUUACAAAUGGCUGGAGUCUAAUGAGAUGCACACUGAAGCAUUAAGUUGGUCUACAGUGGCCAGGGGCUAGCUUUACAUUUGACUGGUUUGUUUCCCCAAACCAGGAGAACUAAAAAAUAAACCCUAUGGUGCAUUAAGAACUUAAGGGUGAAAUAAAAUAUUCAGGAUUUGAUUUUAAAACUAGCCAAAAAGGGGUUGGAAAGAUGGCUCAGCAGUUAAGAACACUUGCUACUCUUGCCAAAGACCUGGGUUUGGUUCCCAGAACCCACAUGGAGGCUCACAAUCAUGUGUAACUCCAGUCCCAGGGGAUCUGAUACCAUCUUCUGGCCUCUGUGCUCACCAAAUAUGCACGUGGUGCACAGACAUACAUACAUGCAACAAAACACAUAUACACAGUUAAAAAACAAAACCUAGCAAAAACGAGUGUUUAUGGAAUAUGUAAAAUCAAGCCUGCCCAAAUCUAACUGCUGGUAAUGAAGGAGGAAUGAAUACCCCAGGGCCAGAUAACACAGUUCUCUGCCUUCGGGAGAGCUUGAGAACAGUUUACAGAACAGACUCUUUUACUACUUUCCUGUAUAAAACAGCAGUAUUUUAACCACCACCACCCAGUAAGAUAGGAAUCCACAGGCUCAGCACUAUAGGAAAGGAGAACAAGAAAAGGGAGCUGGACUCAGUGAAAACUUGAUUAAUAGAGGGCAUGACUAGCAUGAAUUAGAUUUUCAACUGCUCAUAAACUAGGAAUGGUGGCCCAUCCUUGACCGUAAUCCUAGUACUCAGGAUAUAGAGGCAGAAGGAACACAAGUUCAAAGUCAUCCUUGACUACUGUGAGAUCCAAGCAGCUUGGGCCACAUGAAACGCUGUCUCAAAAAGGGAAAAAAAUAAAAAUUACAGUAAUGGCUACCACUAAAACCGGUGGGCAACAAUUAGAUGAACUCCUACAGUUUCAAACACCUUCCUGCAAGAUUCUUAUUAGUUACCAAGGCAACAGUGUCUGCAGCAGAGACAGCCUUGUCUCCCUGACACUGAAAAGAGCAAACCCUUCACAGCAUUCUUGCUCAGAAUGCAGAACCUCAGUGCAAUCCUGAGGAAGCAUCAAAUCCAAUGGAAAUCAACUCAUCAGUGCCAAAAGUGUCAAUCAAGGUCACAAGACAAAAGGAAAAACUCAGAGACUGUCACAGGCUGGAGGAAACUAGGGAGCCAAGGUCACUAACUGGCCCGUGAGGUACUGACUUGUAUUCUGGUGAUGUAAUGGGAAAUCUGGUUGAUCGAUGUGGGGCCUGGGCUUUGUUGACAGGAUUAUCUUGUAGCUAACACUUCAGUUUUGGUAAUUCUGCUAUGCUUAAAGAGAGAUGCUGACUGUGGAAGAAGCUGGGUGGAGGGUACACAGGAAUUUAGCUUUAUUUUGUCUUUUAAACUUUUGUAUAACCCUAGCAUUACUGCAAAAUAAACCAAGUAAUUGAGUCAGGUAUGAAGCACUCAUUUGAAAUCCCAGCACCUGUCUCAAAGCACCAAAAACAAAACUAAGCCACCCUAGCCUCUUGCCUAAAAAUGGAAAUCUAACCGAAACAGAUGCACUGAGAAUUUUAUACUAAACACUAGUUUUAUAACUAACUCCACAGAGAACAAAGCCUACAAGCUACCUCUCAAAGACCAUAGCUCUUAAUAAAAUAUAUUAACGAGAAAUAAGACUACAUGGGCUGGAGAGACGGCUCAGCAGUUAAGAACCUGACUGCUCUUCCAGGGGUCCUGAGUUCAAUUCCCAGCACCCACAUGGUGACUCACAACCAUCUGUAAUGGGAUCUGAUGCCCCCUUCUGGUGUGUCUGACAGUGUACUCACAUACAUAAAAUAAAUAAAUAAAUCAAAAAAAUAA